GGCACAGAAAUUUUCAAAAGGUGGUGAAUUUCAAUAACAGAAAAUUAACCGAUCAUAGCUUUUUUAUUUUUAUGACAUCUUCAUGAAAACAUACUUGACUGUCUAAGACUUUUAGUUAACAGUGAGUACUUUAAAGAAUAAUAACAGAAUGGCAUAAUUUGAUCAAUUGUCUACCUGACGGUCCUUCUGGUGUAUUUUGUCCUCUUUUUCGUGAGACAAAAUGUAGAAAUUCAAAUUACAAAGUUCAAGGGCAAAGCCCAAAUCGUGACGUUGCGGUGACGUUCAAUGUCAAGCAAAGAGCUCCGGAUUUUCGACUUCUGCGUGUUGCCGUGGUUACUUCUAUGCAGGUAAAAAGAAAGCUUCUCAACUCCUUACACUAUCGACCACUUUCAUGACGUUGUAAAACGACAAAAACGACGAAAUUGUCCAUUUCGCAACCCUACGUCAUUGUCAAAGAAUUUAAGGGGUCUCCAAAGUGUAAGUUCUGACUUUUCCUUAGUACAAUUACUCGUUUCAUCAGGUAAUUACGUCAUGUGUGUUCGCUAGCUUCAAGCUAGCGUACAAACUUUAGCUAGUUGAUAUAACUUUAGCUAAUUAAAAGGAAACGUUUAUUACAAAUGUUGGGUUUUAAAAUUAAAUUCACACUCUUCAUUUUGAUUGUCACUUGUAAAGUGCACGUGCGAGUGAAUUUCCUAAUAUUAAAGAAAAAGUAAGUAAGUAAGUAAGUAAGUAAGUAAGUAAGUAAGUAAAUAAAACGCCCCUUGUUUUAACAUUACAAUAAAUUAUGACUGACAAAUUUCAUUAAAUUGAACAUAUUUCUGUUAUUUCAUUAUUUUAUUGUCAUUUAAGUUGGGUAUCGCUAAAGUGGUUGAUCACAGUAUUGUCAGUGUGAAGAGAAUUUUGUAGUUAGCAAGCAAAAUUAUUGCUAUGUUUAUGAAUGAGACUUGUACUUUUCAUUAAUCACUGUGUUCCUCCUUCACAAGAUCAGAGAAAAAUGUGAAAAGACCCAGUUGGUGAAAUUUGCAGACGAUAUUGGCGCAGCAUGUUCGCUGCCACUUCCCAGGGACGAGUCCCACCAUGGAACCUCUGAAGCGAUCAACAGACGGCGGGAAGCCGCAAGCUAAGCCAAAGAAAAAGGAAGCGUCUGCGAUUGGCAGCAGUCUAGCCACUUUGCCGCCACUAUGGCCUGCGCCAUCUUCUUCUUCUGCAUCCGCGCUGCGCAGGAGCCUUUUCGAUCCCUCCUCCAUCAUCGGUCCUGCAGACUCUCCUGUCAGCCCCGUUGCUGUGGCUCAAACCGGAUCAGUAAAAGUCCUGUCAGAGUCCAAACGGAAAGAAAGAUUUCAGUCAGGAGCAUCAAUAGCCUGCACGGACUUAUCGGAUGAAACGGCAAAGAGUUUGUCAGUUAAAGAUGAAUCCAGAGUCACCAUGCGGGACUUAAUCAGUCUUCCCGCCAUCGUUGUGGGCGUCUCUCCUGAAAGUUCUUGCGCCUCAAUUCGAGUGCAUUUAGCAGAAACAAAAUGGAUGGAAAACCACUCGACGGCCUCCGAAUCAUGCAAUGACAUCCCCGGUAGGACUGCUGAUGAAUCGACACACAGUUCUACAGAAAAAUCUGCAUCAAGAGUCACAAGAAGAGACUUGUUCAAUCUUCCUUCCAUCAGUCCGAGCGUUUGCCCCGGAAGCCCUCAUCUUUCAGGAUCCCGGAAAUCCGUCGCAGAGAUAAAAUGGACUGAGAAACCAAAACAGAAGCACUUGUUGUCAUCCGCUGACAUCUCCGUCAUCGCGAUGGAUGAAGCCGCAGCGCAGAGGGCAGCGCUUGUUGAAAAAGUUCCCAUUACAGGCAUGGAGCUGGUGCAAUUGUUCCUCAAGCAAAGAGAAGUGGGAGAACUAAAAGUGUUUUACUUGAAGGAACAAGCGGGUGGCUGGUACAGACCCUACGACCUGCGUGUGGUCCCGGCCGGCGAGGCCGGUUCCGAGCACUACGUCUUCUCCUCCACUACGGUGCUGCAUGUCACACAGUCGGGCUACGGAGGACUGGUCUCUUUGGAAGAGUGGCACAGGGAGUCGGUUCUGUGGACAGCUUUGCAGGCAAUCCCCUUCUUUAGGGAUUUCACUCUGCGAAAUGCUGUCACUCUAUGGUAUCGAAACGUGCGUGAGAUUGUUUACAAGCGACGAUUUGAAGUGGUACAGGGCCAACUGCUAACAAACAUCCCCCAGUACAGAAACGGCCUCAUCCUUUUAUCCAGAAGAAUAGAGGAGCUGAAAGCGACACAGUUGCUACCUCUGGAUGAGUCCAAAUCGUACACGUUGUUGGAAUUUCAGAAAGUUCUGGCGACGUGUAUGGAAAAUACUCGGAGCAGUUUAAAGCAGCUGGCACAAUUUCGCAUCGGCAUCCUGAAUAAGGCCAAAGAGGAGAGUUACAGGGUCCUCAAAGAGCUUCAGGAGCACCUCCAGUAUGCCGACAUGCCACAUCAUUGUUGCAAGCCCAUGCAUCUGCACCAGGCCCACCUGAAUGAGCUGCAGAAGGACUUUGCGCACGCAGAGAACGUCCUGCAGAAGCUGGGCAACUUUGCUGCUCUCGUCAAUCGCAUUAUUGCGCAGAGUCUCGUCACCGUCGUCCAGCAAAAUAUGUCGAUUUUCCUCCGCGACGUUCUGAAGAGAGAGAAUUCUCACAAUAUCUGCCUCUUCCAAACUGAUCUUCGUCUUGGUGCUGGUCAGCUGACUCUCGACCCACCUUUCCAUCUCUUCCGAGAAAUACUCACUCAGGCGCUUUUAACUGCCGGUGACUCCAUAAGCCAGAUGUGUGACUCCUGUGGAUUUUUCCUGGAGGUCAGCAGCCCCCUUGAUUGUCAGGAUGAAUCAUCUGACCCCAACUGCAGUCCAUAUCCUGUUGACAUAGACACUCAAGGUGAGCUAAAAGACAACGAUGGAAUGCCUGGUCUUACGCAUUAUAGCUGUUGUCAAUGGAUCAGAGAACAGCGCCCCCAUUGGAAGCUGAUGAUGAUGAUGACCGUGGAGGGCCACAGAAUGCCUGGCUCAUAUUAUCCUCUAUCCAAAGAACAACUCAUGUGGUACAUUACCAUCAAUGACGUGGGCAAGCUUAUCAACAGAGAACAGUCUGAGCUGAUGCAGGCAGCAGAGUCUGAGAUCCACCAGAUGUUAACGUGUUACACAUGGUUACUGGAUGUCCACGUAUUCAUCAACCAAUGGAGUCAAGCCUCUUUAGAAAAUAUGAAGGGUCAACCUGCUUUACUGUAUUGCCAACUAAUUACCAAGCUAAGAAGGUGGCUUGAAGAAAUCCAUGCUGCUCCCUCAUUCAUCUCGACAUCCAACCAGCUAUUUAUUAUCCACUACACCCAAAUGAAGGAGCAUCUAGGGCAGCGAUUGAGUUUGAUAGAAAAUGAAGUAAAGGAAGAGUUAGUGAAGCAAAUGAAAUUAUGCACAGAGAGCUUGUUGAAGGACUUGGAGGAAGGUCUCGCUGCUCUCAAGACCGAACCCAAAGACUUGCAUGACCUGCCAAAAUACGUCGAUGUGGUGUGGAAGUCUGUGAACAUGCUGGCGGAAAUGCAGACACGUUUGGAGUACAGUCGCACCCUCCAGGACAGUAUUUGCAUUCAUUAUAGAGAGAUGACCAUCCAGGAACUGACUUUGUCUCAAAAGAUGUUAGACACGUGGGAUUGCCAUUAUUCCCACUUGAAGCAUGCAGAUAGCACGUUGCGUUCUCGCCUUCCCACCGUGGCUGCAGCACUGGACACAAUGUUUCCAUGGAUGGCUUCCGACUUAAGAUGUUUAGUCUCUUACGCUACCUCCGGGCAAUUUCUUGAUCCACGUCAAAAUGCCGACAAGGUGGUUUCCGAAUUGAAUUAUAUGAGUCUUCGUGUGGAAAAGGCCACCUCCAAUCUGGAGCUGUUGUCUAAGACUGGUGAAAUAUUCGUAGAAAAUCCUGUGGACUUGUCGGAUCUGACUGACAUUCCAAAACUUACUGCCCGUAAGGAGCUUUGGGAGCUAACAGCUCUUUGCAGACAAUCUUUACACAGAUGGAACAAGUUCCUGUUCACUGAGCUUGCAUUGCCACAAGCGCAAGAGCAAAUCACUCAAUGGCAGCAGCAAGUUGCAAAGCUAGCAAUCAUCAUACCCGCCGACGACGCAGUGCUUCGGGAGACGGCAGAAACCAUUGACGACUUAAGUUGCCGUCUUAAAAUCCUGGCCGGGUUUCGGAGCCCGACGAUCAAACCCAAACACCGGACCACAUUUUACAGAGGUAUCGGGUUACGGCAAACCUCCGAUAAGAAUGCAACUCUUGCGCAGCUUAUUUUUCAACCGUUUGACCUUCACCGGGAACUGAUCAACAAGAUAUGUAGCGAUGCGAAAAAGGAGAAUUCCAUGGAAAAGACAUUUAAAAAAAUUCAACAGGCAUGGACGGACCGUAUUUUCCUGCCGCAUACCUGUACAGGUCCUCGUUGCCAUCUUGCUGAGCCACAGGUAUUGGCAAAGACUUCCUCUUCUGACGCCUUAUGUGAUGCCAGAAUUAUUAUUGGCCUAGAAUUUCUCUUCACUGACCUAGAAAAGGAUUUGAUGAUUUUGACAAACAUGCAUCGGUCACGGCACAGUGUUGACUUUAGGUUACACGUGGAAGAGUGGAUGCACAUACUUCAAGAACUUGAGAAGUUGUUGCACUUGUUUGAUAUCUACCAGCAAGAAUGGAUCUUCCUAACCAACAUAUUUCAAGAAAGAACCUUAGCUGUUCAAAGAUGGGAUUUGCUGGCACAAUUCCGAUCGGUCGAUGAGCGUUUCAAGACCAUGAUGAGGUUCAACUCAUCUCACCCCAAUGUGUUGAAUCUUGUUCGUCCCAAAGCAGGAAUGGAAAAUCCUCAUGGCGCUAACCUCUGCCAAAUUCUCCUCAACGAUCUGUCGACAUUGAAUGCUAUUGCCAAGCAGAUGGCAAACCGUCUCCACGCUCGCUGCAAAAUAUUUCCCAGACUUUACUUCCUCAGUGAGAUGGAAGUAGUGGAACUUCUCUCUUUACAACCGACACCCGUAUCUCUGUUACCCUUUGUACGGAAAUUCUUCAAGGGGGUUCAGUGGCUGGAAGUGGAGGAUACAUCUGUCACGGUGGAACCACCUGACACACCAACUCGGGUAUUUGGGGUUUUUGGCAACCUCCGGGAGCACAUGAGCUUCCUUUCUCCAGUGGAACCCAAUCGCAAUGUUUUGAUUUGGUUGAGUAGGUUUCAGGAUCAACUCAAGUUAACCAUGGAACAUCUCCUAAGUCAGUGUGCCGAUGAACGAAAGCAACUCGAACGGAACAACCAUCAAGACGCGCCGCAUAACGACUCUCGUGGACACGUUUCGCCUGUGCUUGAUAUGACUUUGAAAUAUCCUCUUCAGUGUCUUCUUGUAGCAGAGGAGGCGGUCUGGUGCAGUGAGCUUCAUCAAGCUUUCCAGGACUCAAGCAACGUUAAGAUAAGUCGGAUGAAAGCAUUCAACAGUGCACAACUGGAACAUUUUUGCCAGGCCACAAGGGACGCAGUCGCAAGGUCGAACGACGACGGACAACUUUCGAAAUACUCAAUGACAUGCUUGCGUGCUUUAGUGCUCCUUCGAAUUAAACAUGCGCAGCAACUAACGCAACUCAUGCACGUGCAGUGUCAGCCGGCGUUAUCUUUCGAGUGGCUGAGUUCGCUCAAGUACUCUAUAAGCUCAGAAGAUCAGAGUCCCAAUGAUGAUCCGAAAUGUUAUGUGGACAUUUUGGGCCACAGACUUGCGUAUGGUUAUGAGUAUUUUGGUCCGGAAGAUUUUGGAAUGGUGCAUACUCCCUGCACAGAUCGAGUGAUAUUGGGGAUUCUCCUUGCCGUGAAAAGCUAUAGAUGUGGAUUUGUCAAUGGACCUUGGUCUUCAGGGAAGACAAAUACCGUGGUCCAUCUCGGCAAAGCAUUGGGGAGACAUGUUGUGAUGCUGAACUGCUCUCCAAACAUGAAGGCUGAUAUUUUUCAAAAGAUGCUCCUAGGUGCUCUUUUGACAGGUGCCUGGUUAGUGCUGGACUCUGUGGACUUGUUGCUUCAAAGUGUCCAGGCAUCACUGGCACAACACUUUGAGGACAUUUACCAGUCUUUUGUCGGAUGGUCAAGAAAGAGCAACGAGCGUGGAAAGAUAUUUCAUGGAGAAUUCUCAAUGCUAUUCUCAGGGAUCGGCACUUCCGUUAGCCCCAACUACGCGAGCGUUCUGAUUUCAUCCUCCGGAAUUUCACAAAGUUUGCGAUUUUCAACCAGACCCGUGACAUUGACCUGUCCCGAUAACAGGAUCAUUGUGGAGAUACUGCUGACUUCCUUCGGUUUUAAAGAGGCCAAGUGUUUGAGUCGACGUCUGGUAUCCCUCAUCAGCAUCGGCGAGGACUCGCUCUGCCUGCCUCACUUUGUCACACAAAGCCCGAGUAGCCACCUUGUCAUUCUGCAGAAUAUCACAUCUGCCUCCAAGAAGCGAUUAAAACAAAUCGUCCGAGAUGAGAGAUUUUCAGGUAGGGCCAGACAGUCCUUUGUAUUACGAACGAUCCUUAAAUCUCCAGAAAAUGAGAACGCCGACGAUCUGAGUGAGGAUGAAGAGCGAGCGAUUUUCCCUGGAUUAUUGGAGGAAAUAGCUGUUGUCCAAGCGAUUCAUUCAGUCUUAUCACCAUUGAUGCACGCACCAAAGAAAGUCUCACACUUCAACUCCAUCGUCAAAGAAUUGUUUCCUAUCGCGUGUCAGUUCCCUUAUAUUCAACAAUAUACUCAAGAUGAACCAAACUACCAACUUCAAGAAGCCGUGUCAGAAGAACUAGAUCAGCUCCUGUUGCACUCUGACUCUGAAACUAUUUGCCAAGCUCUUACACUCUACCAGACCUUGAGUUUCUCUCACGCAGUUAUUCUUCUCGGACCCAGCGGAAGUGGAAAAUCAACCUGUUACAAUGCUCUGGCAGGAGGCCUCAGUCGCCUUGCAAACAAAACAGAAGACCGAGAUGAAAACGUGGAUACCACCGAGCCAAAACUAUUGAAAGCUGCUUCAGAUUGGAGCUUUGUCAACACCGUGGUCUUAUUUCCAAACGCCAUGUCCCAUGAGGAAUUAUUUGGUGGAUUCUGUGAUGAAUCUGGCUGGCAAGAUGGAGCUGUGACCAAGGCGUUGAGAGAUAUCGAAAGACGCAAUUCUGGAAAAUUAGAAAUGCGCCAGUCGAGUCAUACGACCAAAUGGUUGGUAAUGGAUGGAGAGCCGUUCGGAAAACCCUGCUGGCUCGAUCACCUAAGCACACUGAGUGAUCUUGCAAAGCCAUUUUUAAGCCUCCCAUCUGGUGAAACUAUCACGUCGCCUAAAUCCCGAUUCAAGUUCCUUGUGGAGACCACCGACUUAAGUGACGCGAGCCCCUCUGCGGCGACCCGCUGCAGUCUUAUUUACUUUUCCGGCACCGAUGUUUGGAAGUCGGUGUGGAAGAGCGAAAUGGAUUCUCUCCGUUACGGGUUCACACUGGAUCAAGCGAACCUGGAAAUGUGGACUCAGCUCUCAGAAGAUCUUUUCUCCAGCACUCUCAAUUUGUUGAAGAAGAAGAAGAUUUGGAAUAAAGGUCAAGCCUCAGCGGACGGCCUGGCAGAAAUCACAUCCUUCGUUCGAAUCCUGCGUGCCCUCCUGCAUCAUUUUACCAGCAAACGAAACAGCAAUCAAGCCACGGCACAAAAAGACACACAAGCAGAUAAACCUCCAGGCAGAGAUUUUAAUCUCAAUCAAGAUCUUUUUCUAUUAGCUUAUAUAUGGGGCUUUGGCGGGCAUCUCCAUCCUCGACUCUGGCCUCAGUUUGACACCGUUGCCCGCCAAGCACUGCUUGACAGUCGAUCUCAAAUUGUGCUUCCGCACGUAGGGACUGUCUUUGAGUUCUUCUUUAAUAUCGACAACAAGAUCUACUCUAACAAUACUUUAUUGACAAAGUACAUCACUCCCAAGCACUGGAAAUAUACCUGCCUACUUUCCGUCAUGUUGGAGGCAAUUCAGCCGGUGCUGCUGGCAGGAGAACCUGGUUCCGGAAAAUCGACCGUCUGUAACACCUUGCUGUGUUUUGAUAAGCCACACAUUAAAGUCCCAGCUAGUUCUAUGCAGGCUCCCACAGACUUGCGCCAUUUGCUGUGUGGAAUUAGCUACCAGAAGAGCUGUCAAAAAACCAAGGGGGUCAUGGCCAAACCAGGCCUAACGCUUUAUGUGGAUGACCUGCAUGAGACGCCUCGCGAUGUGACUGGGAAGACUUCCAAAAUCUUAGAGACUCUACGCCAAAGUAUUUCUAAAGGAGGAGUGGUGGCAUUUGAUUGUGACCACUUCAAGGUGCUCAGUCCCGGAUUCAUCAGCUACCUGGCUACCUGUUGUGUCUUUGAACUGGACAACCCCCACGUUAGCGUAAUAUCGUCCAGGCUGUCGCGUCUGUUCUCCGUCGUUGCGCUUCCCAGCUCAACCGCAGAGGCGAUAUUUUCGAUUCAUUCGCCUCAGCUUAAACUGUGGCUCAGGGACGCGCCAUUUCUCCCGAGCGUGUCGGACGCGAUACGUUCCAUCAUCAACGCCACGGAGAAUUUGUAUGAAGAUGUUUGCAACAAUUUCCAGCCCACUAAACAAAGUCCUUAUUUUUUAUUCUCUCACCAUGACCUGAAGAAGGUAUUUCAAGGGAUGUGCUUAUGGCAGCCAGUCCUUCCAAAAGCAGAGCCGCUUAACCCGAAGUUCAAAUCGAAAUGUUCCCCGGUCCCUCAAGAGCCUUUAGCCAUGGAGCUCAGCAUUCUGCAUCUCUGGACGCACGAGUGCAUGCGUACAUUUGGUGAUCGGAUAAGCUCGGAGGAUGGAAGAAGUAAACUGCAGUCACUCAUCACCAAGGCAGCAACAGCCCACUUUCCAGUGCAAUCGAACCUCGAUAUGGAGACAACGUUUCUUCAGCGCUUGCUGGAAGCAACGUACGGCCCGGAGCUUAUUAGAAAUCAUUUCCCCGUAUUCAAGCGGAGCUCAUAUCAACCACAAAAUCUCAGCGCGCUGAUAGAGCACCUCUUGUCACACGUUGACGUGAAAGACAAACAAGAUGCUGAUCGCCACUUUGCAUUCAAAUAUGCCGUGCACAGACAAAGGAUGUGUCAGAUGUUGCAUAUUUUCAGGGCUCUGCUAAUUCCAGGAGGUCACGGAUUGCUAAUGGCCUCAGGUAGUGGCACAGGACGUAAAACCACCGUUCGUUUAGCAGCCUACGUCUCAGGCUGCCGCUUGAUGGAGGUACACGCCGGUAACCAAAGUGAAUUAAAUACGAUUUUAAAGCGAGCUGGGAAUCAAACUCGAGUUCGCCAAAUUGAAACCAUCAUACUGGUCCAUGAGAAUAUCAGCUCCUCUGUUCGAGAAGAGCUAUUGGUAGCCCUCAACUCCUACCCGGGGCUCUACACCGACCAGGAGCUGGCCAAACUGGUUUCAAGGGUGACCGCUGUGUAUAAAACAAAAAGAUUCCUCUUGGACAGCUGGAUUUUCGACAAGUACUUGUGUCAAAACCUCCGUGACGUGCAUGUUUUCAUCUUGAUGCCUGCCGUCGUAUCAGACCGCCGCGGAAACAACGAACACAAGGCACAAACCGCCAAGGCUCUCAGCCUUUCCUGUGUGGAGAUGUACCAGCCUUGGUUGAACCAGUCUUUGGCAGAAGUUGCUAUUCAGCACCUGAAAAAUAUUUGUCAAAACUUGAAACUACAAGGCUCGCCAGCUGGCUUGGCCGUAGCAAUGGCGGGAAUCCACCAGUCUGCAUAUCAGUACGCUCUGGUCCUUCUAAUGACGCAGCCUUUUAGUCCUUAUACAUAUAUGGCCUUCAUUUCUCAUUUCGGUUACGUCUGCAAAGUUCUGCAUGAUGAAUUGGAGAGCCGAUCCAACAGGCUUAACACUGCUCUGUCUCAUUUGGAUGCAUUGGACAACCUUGCCAUGAAGUACAAACAGGAGUUAACUAGAAUGCAGGGAAUAGUUGGCGAGAUACAGAAGCGUGUGGAUGAGCUCCUUGGAGCCAUAGAGGACCAGAAACAUUUGCUUCAAAAAGCUGAAACCAAAUGUGCGAAACAGGAGAGAAAAAUUCAAAUCCUGGGGGACCGGAUCGCUGAAUCCGAGAACGAGCUGAAUCCAUAUUUCCAGGCAGCGCUCGAUGUGCUCCAUAGUCUGGACCCAUUAGACCUCGAGGAGGUGCGCCACUAUAGAGAUCCGCCUGAUGGGGUGGUGCUGGUCAUGGAUGCCGUUCUUUUGCUUUUUGAGCGGCCCUUUGGCUGGGCCAAUGCAAAAAGACUCUUUUUACAUUGCAACGUGUAUAAGUGCCUGGUCCAAUUUGACUUCUACAAUCUUAUAGACGUCCAAAUGCUACAGCUCGCCGAGUUAAUUAAAAACCCCAUCUUUGUGCCGGAAUGCAUCCGAGAAGUGAGCAAGGCCUGCGAGACUCUAUGCCGUUGGAUCCUUUCCGUCAACAAUUGCGGUACGAAGAUAUACCAACUGAUGGUCAGGAAGCAGCUGGACCUCAUGCUUCUAAGGGCGCAAGAUGAACUUGAGCAGAUCCAAGACCACGUGGAGGGAAUAAAACGUUGUCUUAAAGAGCUUGAUAAUGAUCUACAGCCUGUGCUGGAAUUGCUGGCCGAGAAAUUGCUGCUGCUACACAAAGCUGAAGCCUUGGAGAGAACCGCUGCUAACGCUGUGGAACUGUUGUCGAAACACGCAAGAGUGUGGAGGGAUCGAGCUCGGGAAGUCCAGCUGCAGAGACAACGCUUACCGGGAGACGCCAUCUUCCUGGCUGCCAUCAUCUCCUAUUUUGGCCCCUUCUCAGCUGAUGUACGCAGCGAAUUGCUGAGCAAGUGGAGAGUGUUGUACCGCACAGGAAUCAUCGAUCCAAAUCCCAGAGAUGCCAGAAGUUCCCUGUUCACCUCCACCGCCGAACCACCUCAGCUAACCUCGGGUUUUCCCGUCGCUCUGUCCGAAACGCUGCAGCCACUCCUGUGUCGGGCGUUGGGUGUGAAAGCGUGGCCGGCGCAUGAGACCGUAACCACCAGAUUGGUGUUGAAGCUGUUGCUGUGGGGCUGCAGGAGGAGUUGGGUGAAAUACUGGCCACUACUUGCAGACACCAAGCAUCAUCUGGAGAUCAACUCCAAAAAUGGGGUCAUUACAGGCGAAACAGGAGACGACGACACUCUGGGGAAAGAAUUUGAGUGUGAUAUCGUGGUUUGCGCUGAUGAUCCAAAGCUAAUGUUCAAGUUGGACCUGGCUGCCGAGAAAGGCAUGAAAGUCCUGGUUACUCACAUCGAGCGUGUGCCAGUCAGUCCACAGUUUCUCGCAACUUUGGCCCGUCCCGCUGCAAGUUGCCCCCCAGGCUCAAACCAGCCUGCCCAGCAGACAAACCCUGACUUCUGCCUCUUGCUCAGCACCCACUACCCCGCCCGACUGCUCAGUAGCGCUAUCCAUCCAUCCAUACUGGCUCAGGUGGAUGUGGUUGACCUCUCGCCAAGCUCGGAUCAGGUCCAGGAACUCAUGCUGACGCAGCUAUUGCAGUCGGAGUGCAAAGAGCUGAUGACUCAACACCUGCGGAUACAGAAUGACAAGCAGCUAAUGCAGAGGAAGCUGGUCACGGAGGAGGACUCUGUGAUGGACUCCGUCCUGCAGUCCGACACCACCCGAAUGCAAGCCCCCGAGUUCCUCUCGCAAUUAGUCAAGGUCCGGGAAACAAUGUCUUACGCUCAAACGGAGUUGCAGCUGGUGGAUGAGAGGCGGGAGUUCCACGCGCCCUUGCUGGCCGCUCCUCAGCAAUUGAUCAAGCUGGCUUGGCUCUUCUACCAGGCUCUGCAGGAGGUGUCCCGCCUCUCCCCCGCCUAUUACUUUCCAUUAUCUGCCUUCAUGGCAGUGAUGCAGGAGGUCUUUGCCAAAGAGGCCAGUAAGCUCAUGAAGUAUGGCACCGGGACGGUGUUAGGGGGGGUAAUACCCGAGAUAAGGAACAAGAUGGUGGGCAAAUUGAUCUUCUACUAUAGGCCGUGUCUCUUUAGGAGUCACGGUCCGGUUUUCAAGUUGUUGUUAACUCUGGCCGUGAUGCAGACCAACCAACUUUGCUCUCAACCGGAGCGGACGGCCUUACUCAUGGGAUUCGCAGAUACUCAUGGGAUUCCUCCAGCUGCAGGUUCCUCAAAGGAUCAUUUGAUAUCCCCUCAGGUUGACUCUGACCUCCUCUGUUUAGAGAAGAUUCCAGACUUCACAGGUCUGACCGCUUCUCUGACCUCUUCACGCGAGGAGUGGCGAGAAUACCUGCACUCGCCUUCCUCCGUCAUAGCGGGACCGCCCCCAUGCGACUCUCACUCCCAUCUGUCCUUGAUGCAGCGGGCUCUCCUCGCAAAGACCUUGCGGCCUCACGCCACACAAGUGCUAGCGGAGGCCAUGGCGGCCCGCCAGUUUCGCCCACCUCGCCACUCAGCACCUCACUGCGCCAACCCCGGGGCUCUUUACAGAUUUCUUGUGGAGCAUAAGGGACCUAUCAUCUUAACGUGGCCUCCUCCAUCCAAAGACAAGUGGACAAAUAUUCAGCCUGUCCACUUAGUGAAGUUCUUGGCCUCAAUGGCAACAGAUACAAAGGAGGUGAAAGUAAUUUCCAUCGCAGGACUUUGUGACAGUGACUUCAUCCUCUUUUCUUUGGAAAAAUCAAUCAGAGAAGGUCACUGGUUAGUUUUGAACAAUUGUCACCUGCUGGAGCAUUGGGAUGCUAAAGUGGUGGCACGAUUCAAUCAGCUGUUUUCCCCUUAUGGAGCUACAAAGCACAUAAAUAGUCCUCAUCCAGAUUUCAGAGCUUGGUUUCUGACUGAAGAAACUACCCAGACUUUCCUACCCGCAUCGGUGCGAAUGCAUGGCCUGCCUCUGGUUUGUGACUGCUCCUGGAACGUGAAGGAAGAGUUGAGCUGCUCCCUGCAAUAUCUGUCGGGGAGCCCGGCCGACGACACGGAGCUCUUCCUGCGCUGUGCAACCUUCCACUCUGUGUUGCUACAGAGAGAGGCCUACAAAUACUCGGGCCAGGCCAGAAUCUACAGCUGGAGCCAGUCAGAUCUUGUAGCUUUGGUGGAUGCCCUCGUUUCUUCCGCCAGUCUGUGCCACGACAAGAUUAAAACUUUACAAUACAUUGCAGUCAACCUUGUGCACGGCGGCCAUGUUCUGGACUCUGCGGAUUCCGAGGCGGUGCAAAACACUGUAGAGACCUGCUUCAGCGCAACGCCACCUCAAGCCAGCGGACCGCACACACUCGCCAAUAUCAUCAUCAGCACUGAGCACGGCGAUUUUGCCAACCUCCAACGAAAGCUGGACGGACAGCUGCUGCUGCGUGCCGAGGACAUCAGCGAGCCUCUUCUGUUGGGUUUCAGCGCCGACGUGGAGGCUGAAAUCGUCAAAAUCAACAGUCGCAAUCUGAACAAGAUGCUCCAGGCCUCCCAGACUCCUCACGGACCCGCCGCGCGUUCCAGCAGUGCUUUGGCGACGCUACCAGAACUUAGCCAGGCCAGAGAGCGUCUGCAUGCGCUGCAGGAGUACCUCACGCAACAAAACCAAACCCGAGCGAGAAACGCCGGGGAGGUUUUCCAGAGUCCCCUUUAUGACUUCCUCCUGGCCGAGUGGCACGAGCUGAGCGGCUCGGCGUCCUCGCUCCUUUCUCGCCUCCGACAGCCGCUUCGAUACAUAACGGAGACGUUCCUGUCCCUCCCCACGCUCACCGCAUUGUCGCGUUUGCAGAGACGGGCGGAGCUACUCAGCGCUUACCUGUGGCGCGAUAACGAUUCGGCACCGCGCGCCGCCUACCGCCUGUCUGCUUUCGCCCAUGCCAAGGGCUUUCUGGUGGCACUGAGGAGAAAGGCAGCACAAGUAAAUCACAAGUACAUCAGUGAUAUCACCCUGCACCUUGAGGUUCGUGACGAUCCAUUAUUCACCCCCCGUCCAAAGGAUAUGGUGGACUUGUGCGACCUGGAACUAAAAGGAGCAUCGUGGGACGUGCACAGGACCGCCUUAGAAAAUUCCCUCUCUCCACAGUCUUACUCCAUGCCUCUCAUUUGCAUCAAGGCGCACGUGAAAGACGCUCACUUUCCACGGCCACGGAACACCGAUGAAGUUUAUCAUUGUCCCAUUUAUCUGGAGGACUUGGAUACCGGAGAGGAGGGACGAGAUGACUUUAACAUAAUCACAACAGUUCCGCUUCCUACCGAGUUAGAGCCUUCCUUGUGUAGUUUGCGGAAGGUUCGCCUUGUGAGCCGGCUUUUUGAUUCAAGGGCUUCCUCUAAAGAUCUCUGAGCACUAUCUAGCCAAAAAGUUGGGUCAAAUUGGUCCCUUUUUAACCUACAGUUGGGUUAUUUUUAACCCAGCUGUUUUUUUUUUGGUUUUUAUUUAGAAU